CACUUAAGGAAUGACGCGGCUGAAGAAUAGUGAGCCAGCGGGCACCUAUAUAAUUAGCGUUUGCAUUCCUUCCCCGAAAAGAAAGAAGAAGAAGAAGAAGAAGAAGAAGAAGAAGAAGAAGAAGAAGAAGAAGAAGAAGAAGAAGAAGAAGAAGAAGAAGAAGAAGAAGAAGAAGAAGAAGAAGAAGAAGAAGAAGAAGAAGAAGAAGAAGAAGAAGAAGAAGAAGAAGAAGAAGAAGAAGAAGAAGAAGAAGAAGAAGAAGAAGAAGAAAACCUCACUUGUAGCACUCGGAACAAAAUGUGCCCGUUAAACGUGAUUGUCCAACCCUCUAAAAA